GGAUUCGUGGCCAAGGUGUCACCCCGCCCCUAUUAGCCAAAUCAGUCAGUUUCACUGGCUACAUCACCUUGCUGUUCUGGCUGGCGAUCACGGCACGGAGACAUCACACCAUGGCCGCCCCAUACUGUAUGCUGGUGUGCACCCUCACCCUGUCACUUCUCCUCUUUGGACUUGUACUCUGCCAAGUCCCGACUACACCAAGCAUUGAUGCCAGAGACACAGAUCUGUUAGUGGACUUGGUGGAAGGAGAUAGCAGUACGGGGUUUGCUGUUCUUUGUAAUGUGUCAAUGGACGAUGAUAACGCCCUGCCGCUGGAGCUGCGAUGGACUUUCAAUAGAGAAGCGCUUCCACUGGAACGACAAGAGAUCGAGACCAUUUUCGAGAGCAAUCGUACUACUUACACCAAUAUUCUAGAUCUCAAUGUCCGUGGAACAUGGCUGGAAGCUGAUGCAGGAACGUAUGGCUGUACGGCACGAACCAACGACACCGACGAGAUACCUGCUGCUAUGACGUUCCAGCUGGUUGUCAAUAUACGACCUGAAGUAUUGACACUGGAGGAUGCGCAGGUUGGACUGCAAAAAACGGUCACACUGACUUGCACUACGCGUGCUACGCUACCUCUCAAUUUUACGUGGAGUCGAGGCGGCACCGUUCUGCAGACAACAGCUGAAGUGAACAACAACAAUAACAUAUUCACACUGACCAAUGUCAGUCGCACAGAUUCAGGCAACUAUACGUGCCGCGCUACCAACCGCUUCGGCAGUGCGAACAGCUCAGCCGUCGUCAAUGUAGUGAAUCAAGGGUUGCCUUUCUUUGCUAGGUCGUUUCGACUGACAGUUACCUCCAACAGCAGUCAAACACUGAUCCUGCAAUGGCCGACGGGUGUCUUUGAUGGCAACUCACCGAUAAUAGGCUUCGACACACAGUGCUUUGGAGUGGGAUUUCACCGUGACUUGCACACUUCCCGUCCAGCUCUAAUUCCACCAGAUCGACACCAGUUUGUCUUCCGUGAGCUUCACGCGGGUCGUUUGUACGCUUGCACGCUGACCGUCAUCAACGCACUGGGCUCCACUGUUAGUCAGCCGGCCUUUGCAACAGUCAUGCUGCAGUAUGUACCGGAUCCACCGACAUUAGUUCAAGCUUUUCCAGAGCACGGUGUUAGCGGCUUGCGGCUGAUUAUUUGGGUGCGGCUCGAACCGAACGAUGAUGUGCAGUAUUAUGAAUUGACGUACGAUUCAGUGCACGUAGACCAUCCGAUCGCUCCCGAAACUCUUCGAGUAGAGAACACGGGCAGUUCCGCCAUCCAAGUUCGCGUGCAGGGUCUGCGACGGCUGACUGAGUAUCGAUUCGCAGUCCGGGCCGUUAGCUCUCAUGGCGUGGCCAGUCAAGCUACAUCAACAACAGCCACCACAGAAGCAUUCCCGAUUAUCACUGACCCACCGCCGGAGACAAUGGCAGUGUCGCUGGGCACAGACAUCACUCUACCCUGCUCUAGUGAAGGGGACCCCGUCCCCGUCACCCUCUGGGACACGCCGUCCACGUCCGCCAGGACACUGGGGAUGGACCCAGAUGGCCGCCUGGUCCUGUCCAACAUCCAGCCAAGCGAUGCCGGUCUGUACACGUGCACGGUAGAGAAUGUGUGGGGUUCAGCCAGCAGCACAGCGGUGAUCACCGUCGCCGUAACACCCACAAUCGGCUCCAGCACGGCCGCUGUCGAAACCACCUCUAACCCAGCCAUCAGCAGCCAUAUCAAUAUCUAUGCAGGCACUGGAUUUUCAAUCGGCCCCAGCACUGCCGCUGUCGAAACCACCUCUAACCCAGUCAUCAGUAACCAUAUCAAUAUUUAUGCAGGCACUGGAUUUGCCGCCCUUUUCUUCCUAGUGUUCAUAGUUACAAUCUGUCAGUGCCUCAAACGAUCCAAGAGCCAACGCAACUUAAACGCCAUAAGGGACGCGAACAACAUGGCCGCCAUAGGCCUGCGAAACCCGAGUUUCAGCAACCCUUCCAGAGCCCUAGAUACACCGUCUGGACCGCCACGGAGGACAAGUUCAUCACGCCAGGUGGGAGCACAACAACGGACGUCGCAUCCGGCGCUCCAACAGGGGACUGAUGCCUCCCUCAAUGAGAGGCCAUUGUUUAGCACGGCACAUGCGUUACAUGGCCCCGAAUAUUUGCCCUACCGCACUACAUCACGGCCACCACCACCCCCAUACAGCAGUAUCAGCAGCAUUAGCAGUCUUAGCAUUGGCUCCAACAACCCCAAGCCAGUCAACCCACCUUCGUAUCAGUCAGUGAUCGAAGCCGAACAAAUGGUCUGAACGCCAGCGGAGUGGAUUUGUACAUCUCUCGAGUGACUGAGCUGUUUUUUGUAUGAGAGUGAGCGUGUUGCUUGUUGCUUGUUGUCUGACCCACAACGGCCAUGUAGAGCACACGAGAAGUCCAUGGAGCCUUCCACUUGGCAAACCUGCAAGAAAGCAGCACUCCCUGCAUGAACAAUGUUUCAGGAUAUCUCCCC